AUGUCAAGUACUACUACAAAAAUAGAGGAGUUUUUUCUGGAGUUCUUGAAGGUGGAUGAUACAUCCAGACUUGGACUUUAUAAUGUGUUAAUAGAUUCACUUAAAUCUGUCGGUUUGGAUGUUAAAGAUGCUCAUGGACAAGGGUAUGACAAUGGUUCGAACAUGAAAGGAAAACACCAAGGGGUACAAAGAAGACUACUUGAAACUAAUCCAAGAGCAUUAUUCAUGCCAUGCGCUUGUCAUAGCAUGAACCUUACUCUUAGUGAUAUGGCAAAAUCUUGCGAAAGAUGGCAGCUAUUGCUUGAUUAUGUUCCAAAAAUGACAGUUAAGUCUUUGUGUAACACUCGAUGGGAGAGUCGAAUAAAGAGUGUUCAGGCUAUCAGAUCUCAAGCACCCGAGUUAAGAAAAGCAUUACUGGAAUUGAAGAGAACUUCUACCGAUGACGCCAAGACUAAGAGCGAUGCAAAAUCUUUGGCUAGCAAGAAGUUGCAGUCUAAGUUUGUGUGCAUUGAUGUUACUCUUAAACAGAUUGAAGGUGCCAUCUCAUAUCUUAAGAAGUACAGAAAUGACGGCUUUGCAACUAGUCUGGAUAUUGCGAGAUCUAUUAUUUGA